GAACUAUUACGACAACAACAGCAGCAGUAGUCGUAGCAGUCUAUAUUUCUGCAAAAUUUAUUAAAUUUGCGAGCUUUAAGAUGGAAAACAGCGAGGAUGAGGAGGAUGAAAACGAGUGGAUGAACAGUUUCGUGGAUUCAUCGACACAUAGCCCCCCUGCUGCUGCUGCUGCUGCUGCUUCAGGACCAAGCAUCAGUAAAACGCCAGUACGUGCACACAGAGUCAUUUUGCAUUUUGACCUAGACUGCUUCUAUGCUCAGGUGGAAAUGAUCAGAAACCCUGCACUGAGAGAAGUCCCGUUAGGUAUACAGCAGAAGUACAUCAUAGUCACUUGUAACUAUGUGGCAAGGGAGAGGGGUGUCAACAAGCUGAUGUCUGUGACUGAUGCUAAGGAGAAAUGUCCUGAGCUGGUGCUGGUUAAAGGAGAAGACCUCACACACUACAGAGAGAUGUCAUAUAAAAUGACAGAUCUGCUGAUGUCUUAUUGUCCUCUUGUGGAAAGGCUUGGAUUUGAUGAAAACUUCAUGGACGUCACUGAGAUGGUAGAACAAAGGCUUGCACAGAUAGUGAAGUCUGAAGACUUUUCAUUUAAAGGACACGUCUACAAUCAUCCAAGUGCAGAUGUUAAAGCCAGUAACUACCCAAGGUUGGCUUUAGGUUCACACAUUGCAGCAGAGCUCAGAGAAGCCGUCCACAGCAAACUGGGCCUGACCGGCUGUGCUGGCAUCGCCACAAACAAGCUGCUAGCCAAACUGGUUUCAGGCACCUUCAAACCCAACCAGCAAACCACUCUGCUCCCAGAGAACAUCAGUGACAUCAUGGGUUGCCUAAGCAGUGUCCGCAAAGUGCCAGGGGUGGGUCACCAAACUGCUAAGAGACUUCAAGCCCUGGGAUUGGUCAGCGUAAAAGACCUGCAGCUGUGUCCUCUGAAUGACCUGGCGAAGGAGCUUGGAAGUCCCACUGCUCAGCGUUUGAAGAAUCUGGCCCUCGGUGUUGAUGACUCAGCUGUCACUUGUACUGGGGCCCCUCAGUCUCUCAGCGAUGAAGACUCUUUCAAAAAAAUGUCCUCAACAAAAGAGGUUUCAGAGAAGACACAACAACUUUUGAGCAGUCUGGUUGGAAGGAUGCGCAAAGAUGGCAGGCAGCCUCAAACCUUCAGGCUCACAAUCCGUAAAUACACAACGACCAACAAGUGGUUCAGUCGGGAGAGCCGGCAGUGUCCGAUCCCCAACCAGAUUGGACAGAAGAUCAGCUCUGGCAGUAGUGAUGAUGCUGUCAUGCAGCUGCUCCCGUUGGCCAUGAAACUCUUCUACAGGAUGGUGGACUGCGGCGCCCCCUUCCACCUCACCCUCAUUAACGUCUGCUUCAGUAAUCUGCAGACCAGAGCAGCUGCCGUCACCGGGAAGGGCUCGAUAACAUCGUUCUUUUCACAGAGCACAUCUCCCAAAAAGUCCCAGACCGUCGUAUCGCAGUGCCAGUGUGUCGAUUCCUCUCAGGGUAUUGAUAUGGAUCAUCAGUUUGGCACAGAUGGCUUGAUUUCUCAACACAAUAAACAACCCGCCACACAAAGCUCUUCUAGCUCUGAGGCACCAUUACACGGGUUAAGAUGGAAACAGAACUCUGCUGUUAUUGUAGAAAACACUCGAAAUGCAUCCUGCAGUACAGCUGGGUGCGACCCUGACGAAACGGCUAACGCUGUGACACGGUUGCCUCCCAAUGUUGACCCGGAGGUGUUCAAACUUCUUCCAGAGGACAUCCAGAAGGAGCUGUUAUCUCCUGCUUAUGUGAGCUCCCUGUACAGCACUUCUAGCAGCCAGUCAGGCACUGAUGUCCCCAGCACAUCAAAAAACAAACUUCCUGAGACACUUACAGACUCAGAAAGUAUUAGUGACACAAAAGAUGCUGCAAACAAGUUGAACUCUUCCAACAGAGCGACCACCGUGAAUCACCAGGGGAAGGCAGGUACAAGUGCAUUCCCAGGAGAAGACGUCAUGGAAGAAGGGGGUCUGUCAUUCCCCCGGUCAUCUGACUGCGAGUUCCCGGGAAAUGUGGACCCUAAGGUGUUUUCUGAGCUUCCGCCAGAUGUUCAAAGGGAGCUGAUGUCUGAGUGGAAGCAGCAGAAGCCAAUUCUGAAGACUUCUUCAUCUAAGAAACCAGGAAAAAGCUUGAUGACCAAAGACAGAAAGGCUCCAGGAAAAGGCAGCCAGGCCAACAACUUGUUCAAGUAUUUCAAACCCAGUUAGAGAGACACUAUGUCACGAAGAUAAAUGAAAGUUUUCUUGAUGUUGGGUUGUUGAACAAACUAAGCAACUUUUCUUUUAAAGCAAUUUAUAACCUAAGUUGAAUCAGGUGACCUUGAAUGUCAGAAAGUUUGUUUUUCCUAAGCAUUAAAUAAUUGAUAUCUAAUAUCGUGUGAUAUCUUUACCGUGUGUAUAAAAUAUAUUUUCUAUCAUAUAACAAAUUAUAAUGGUAGAUGGUCAUAUUAAACAUGGUCAAACCACCAGCCAAUCAGAAGGUAGAUCACAUAACGGAAGGGGGACUUUAAAAGGAGGGGUAUGUUAAGCUUCUAAUCCUGCUUUUAACUGUUUAAGUAUAUACAGAAAAGAUGCAGAAAGUGCCCAGCAAUAAAGGAGGAAAUUAACUGAUUCCAUCAAUGAUCAAUAGUUGAGCUCAAUAAUGUAAUAACUAAACUAUAGCCUUAAAAAUGGGCACUGAGUAUGAGCAGAAAGCCUCACUUCAGACAUUGAUUUACUGAUUAACCUGACAGUGCAAAUUAAUGAUAUUUAAAGUUCUCAGAUACAUAUUUCAGUUCCUUUUUUG